AUGGUGAAGUUUCUGAAGCCCAACAAGGCGGUGAUCGUGCUCCAGGGACGCUUUGCGGGGCGCAAGGCGGUGAUCGUGAAGAACUUCGACGAUGGCACGCGCGACCGCCCCUACGGGCACUGCCUCGUGGCGGGGAUCUCCAAGUACCCGAAGAAGGUAAUCCGCAAGGACUCAGCCAAGAAGACGGCGAAGAAGUCGCGGGUCAAGGCGUUCGUGAAGGUCGUCAACUAUAACCACAUCAUGCCCACUCGUUACACCCUCGACGUCGAUCUCAAGGACGCGGUCACCGGCGACGCUCUCGAAUCUCGGGACAAGAAGGUGACGGCCUGUAAGGAAAUCAAGGCGCGCUUCGAGGAGCGCUUCAAGACUGGCAAGAACAGGUGGUUCUUCUCCAAGCUGAGGUUCUAA